AACCAAACCGUAACCGUAAAUAUAACCUAGAAAUAACAAUAAUUCGCAACUUUAACUAAAUUUUAUAAAAUAAAAACAAUACCUGUUGUAUUAGGAAUAAUAUAAAACGAUGUUAUUACUACGAAAUGUUUAUCCUAUUUUAACAAAACUAAACUGUAAUGUUGCGUUAUUACCUUCAAUUGUGUAUACGAAUUCUGCAAAUCUACACACUAGCGCAAUAAAUUGUGCUGUUGUUAAGAAAACUACCUCAGCGGCUGGAGGUGUACUGGGUCUUGGCAAGGGUAAGAAGAAGGUUGGCAAACUCGGUGCUGUGGAAAAAAAAGAAUUGCCAGUGGAAACAGACCCUGAGAAGUUGGUGAGCCAGGUGUGCGGCUCCAACAUUUACAUAACUGGAGAAGAUGUUAAAUUAAAAGAUGACAGUGAGUAUCCCGAUUGGCUGUGGAACUUGAACUGGACUCCUAAGAAGCUGGAGGAACUGGACCCCAACACAAAGGAGUACUGGAAGAGGGUGCGAGCUGCCGGCAUGCGCAGGAACAAUAGAUUAAAAUCUAUGAGGAAAUUUUAACUUGUCAUAAUUUUAAUAUGUACCAAAUACCAUUUUAUAUAGAGCAAUUUCAUCCAAUCUAAAAAAGUGUGCACACACUUUCAGAAUAGGGGAUUUGCAUGUAUUUUUUUCUUUUUUUAAACAAUUCUACUUGUUAUAAAAUAACCACAAAAAAAAUUUGACGCGAAAAUA